AUGACACCAUUGACACACACAAGCUAUGGUAACGAGACCUUUGAUGGACACAGCCACUUGCAUCCAAAAAGAACAAGCAAGAGUCAGACCACAUCCAAGUCUCCUCUUGAGAAACUAAAAAAAUACAGAGGCCUGUCCUCCCCUGGAAGGUCACCUAGGGGUUUGUUUAGUUCCAGAAGUCAUUCUCGAAACUCCGAGAGCGAGUCGGAAGAUUCAUUUUCUCUGAAUGAGUCGCAGUCCGAGUUGAGUGACUUUGAGGGCAGAAUACGGGCUUUGAAUGAAGAACUGAGAAAAAGGAAAACUGAGGCAGAUAAGUUAAAACGGGAGAGAAAGAAGAAAAAGAAGGAACUGAUGAAGAACAAAGAAGAAACUUUAAAGAAACAGAUUGAGGCAUAUGACAACCAGAUUGCUCAGUUAAAAGUUGACCUCAAAAAGGAGAUGAAUCACGAGCCUGCAAAAUCUACUGUCCGCCCACAGAUUAAACAGCCUAAAGUGAGCCCGUCCAAGACGAUCAAAACACCCACAAAACGUUUAGAUACUGACAGUAGUGGACCAGACUCUGCUCAAGUGUCACCAAACAUUCCUGAAGAUAAAGACCAGAAGCAAAUGUCACCAAAAACUCCUGUGACCCCAAGCAAGACAGCCAAAUCCCAUUUAGACAAGAUUUCCGAGGGUAGCGAAACACCCACAUCACGUUCAGAGAGAUCUGAUCUUUCAUACCAGGAGCGUAUUCAGAGCAUUAAAGAUAAAUUUAGUGGAGAGAUCUCGUCAGCUGUUGACGAUAAAACUGACGAGAUCGAAGAGGACAUUAUCUCUGCUGCCUCAGAAGCUUCAGAUGACAAGUCUAAGGAAAUUAAAAUCAAUCUCAGUACUAAAGAAGAUAUUUAUGAUGUGUCAGUGUCAUACACUGAUGACUUUGCUACUGAGCCAAACACUAUGACUCAUCAUGAGAAACUGCCACUAAGUGCCAGAUCAGUUAGCCAGAAUGUCUGAAGAUAUAGAAACAAA